CUCGCCGCCACUACACCCCACAAAAUGGCUCCCCGGUCAACUCGUUGUGUCUUUCUUGGCUUCCCCCUCAAUCAUCGUGGAUAUCGAUGUCUGGAGUUAGCUACUGGAAAAAUCAUUAUCUCUCGCCAUGUUACCUUUGAUGAAUCUGUGUUUCCUUUUACAGAUCCAUCACCACCAACCCCCACCUCUUAUGAUUUUUUAUCCUCCACCACACUUCCCUUAGAUAGCCUCGCCUAUCCCACCGCACCCUCAUCUCACAACACCCCAACAUCACCCUCAUCUACCUCCCCACACAGUCCACCCAAUCCUCCCACACCACCAACCCCUCCAAGCGACCCUCCCCCUCCACAACCUCCUACCCGACCCACCCAUCCUAUGGUCACCCGUGCUUCUCAUGGGAUCUUUAAACCCAAACCUGUCUUUGAUCUCAAUGUCCAAACCAUUUCACCUCUCCCUCGUUCUCACCUUUAUGCCCUUAAAGACCCUAACUGGAAUGCUGCCAUGCAAGAUGAGUACAAUGCCUUAUUAAAAACUCAGACUUGGGAUCUUGUUCCGCGGCCCCCUGGUGCUCAUGUUAUCCGUUCCAUAUGGCUCUUUCGGCACAAAUUUCACUGUGAUGGGUCUCUUCAGCGGUACAAGGCCCGUUUGGUUGCUAACGGCAAAUCUCAGCAGGUUGGUAUCGAUUGCUUUGACACAUUCAGCCCUGUAGUCAAACCUGCCACCAUUCGCACUGUUCUUACCAUUGCUACAUCACGUUCUUGGCCUAUUCAUCAACUGGAUGUCAAAAAUGCCUUUGUGCAUGGUGACCUAUCUGAGACAGUUUAUAUGCAUCAACCCCCUGGUUUUGUUGAUCCCACAAAACCAACUUAUGUAUGCCGCCUACGCAAAUCUCUUUAUGGUCUCAAACAAGCUCCAAGGGCAUGGUUUCAGCGUUUUGCUACAUUCAUUACUAGUUGUGGGUUCCAAGGCAGUACAUGUGACACUUCUUUGUUUGUCUAUCACUCUGGGUCUGACAUGGCAUAUCUAUUGUUAUAUGUGGAUGAUAUUCUUCUCACGGCUUCUUCUGAUGCGUUACUCCAUCGCUUUAUUGCUCUCAUGCACCAAGAAUUCUCCAUGACUAAUCUAGGAGAACUACACCACUUCCUGGGACUCACUGCGACUAAAUCCUCCUCAGGCUUAUUUUUGUCUCAAUCACUGUAUGCUCAAGAAAUUCUGGCUCGUGCUACCAUGACCAAAUGUAACCCCGUGGCCACACCUGUUGAUACAUCCUCUAAGCUCAGUGCUCUCACAGGGUCCCCUGUUGCUGAUCCAGCUUUAUAUCGAAGCUUAGCAGGUGCACUACAAUAUCUUACAUUCACUCGCCCGGACAUCUCUUAUGCAGUUCAACAAGUCUGCCUUUUUAUGCAUGAUCCUCGUGAACCUCACUUUCAAGCUCUAAAGCGUAUUCUACGCUAUCUUCGGGGUACACUUGAUCAUGGCUUAUUCAUCUCUGCAUCACCUAUCACUGGUCUUACUGCCUAUUCUGAUGCUGAUUGGGCUGGAUGCCCUGACUCUCGUCGCUCUACAUCUGGUUUUUGUGUGUUUCUUGGGGAAAAUCUAAUCUCUUGGUCUUCUAAACGACAACCCACUGUUUCCCGGUCUAGUGCUGAGGCUGAAUAUCGUGGAGUUGCCAAUGUUGUUGCUGAAUCAUGUUGGUUACGCAACUUACUUCUUGAACUUCAUCUUCCCCUGCGCCGAGCCACCGUAGUCUAUUGUGAUAAUGUCAGUGCUGUUUACCUCUCUAGUAAUCCCAUCCAACAUCAACGCACCAAACAUAUUGAGAUCGACAUUCACUUUGUGCGUGAACGUGUCCGUAUUGGAGAUAUUCGAGUCCUACACAUCCCUGCUGACUGCCAAUAUGCUGACAUUUUCACUAAGGGUUUACCACGCUCCACUUUUCUUCGUUUUCGAGAUAGUCUCAGCAUUCGGCCUCCUCCCGCUUCAACUACGGGGGAGUAAUAGCAUAUAUAUUGUUACCAUGUUUAGUUUAUAUCCCUAUAAUCCCUCGUGUAAAUAUCCCCAUAAUAUCUCUUGUAUUAUGUACUUUCCAUUACUAGCACUAGCACUCUUGUAUAUAUAGGGAUACUUUGUAAUGAUUGGAGACAUGGAAUAAUACACAUUCUUCAGUAUGUAACCAACAAAUGUAGGUAUGACUACGGUUUGAAACGCCUCUUGCUGUACUACGAUUAACAUAUCCGACACUAGCCCGGUUGUGUUUUCAUCGAGUUGUGGUUUCCCCAAAUCAAAAAGUUCGUUUUUUCAUGUCCAAUUUCAGGUUCUCGGGGAAACCGUAGUGGGGAUUCUGGACCCGAUGCUCGGGUAUACAUCAGGAGAAAAAAGCUAAGAACACAUUGGAAGUUUCUGCCGAAGUUCUUGAGAAAGAAUCUCCUGAUAAAAAAGCUCUGGGGCUUCCUGAUAUCGAGAAUUUUUCCUAUAGAAGUGAGAACGUCCAUGUUCAGUCACACAUUCCUUUACAUCAAUUACCUCUCUCAAGUGAACAGGUGAUUGAGAAGGAAGAUCUGCCCUCAAUAAGCCUAACGGCAUUUCCUUAUGCACAUGGGUCCACUUAACUAACAAGGAUUAGGACUUUUAAUUAAUCUCCGGGAGACUAAACUAGCUGGGCCCAGACUUCAAGGACUUACGAGAGAUGAACCUGAGGGUUUAGGGACUCGCCAUGGCUUUACCUGAGUCCAAAAGCAAGUUCUUAAAAAUGUAAUACUAAAUGUUCUUUCAGGUAAGAAGUUGUUAUACUCUUUGUUAUAAUUUUUAACUUACUUUGACUUAGAUUAAUAGAUG